UGUAACCGAUUUGAAACUUGGCGGUUAAAGCUCUGACUGAAACAGGGCGGCAGAAGACCUGAGGAGACCGGGGAAGGGACAUUUAGUUCGAGACGUUGCGGAGGUAGGAUGAUGAAGGACGAGGUGAAGGCGAUUCCUGUAAGAGUGGCACUACGUUGUCGCCCUCUGGUUCCCAAAGAGAUUAGCGAAGGCUGCCAGAUGUGCCUUUCCUUCGUGCCGGGAGAGCCGCAGGUGGUGGUUGGUACAGAUAAAUCCUUUACCUACGAUUUUGUGUUUGACCCCUCUACUGAACAGGAAGAAGUCUUCAAUACAGCAGUAGCACCACUUAUAAAAGGCAUAUUUAAAGGAUAUAAUGCUACAGUCCUGGCCUAUGGACAGACUGGCUCUGGAAAAACCUAUUCAAUGGGAGGUGCAUACACUGCGGAGCAAGAAAAUGAACCAACAGUCGGUGUCAUUCCUAGGGUAAUACAACUGCUCUUCAAAGAAAUUAAUAGAAAGAGUGACUUUGAAUUUACUCUGAAAGUGUCUUACUUGGAGAUCUACAAUGAGGAAAUUUUGGACCUUCUAUGUCCAUCUCGUGAGAAAGCCACUCAAAUAAAUAUACGGGAGGAUCCUAAGGAAGGCAUAAAGAUUGUGGGACUCACUGAGAAGACUGUUUUAGUUGCCCUGGAUACUGUUUCCUGUUUGGAGCAGGGCAAUAACUCUAGGACUGUGGCCUCAACAGCUAUGAACUCCCAGUCAUCUCGAUCUCAUGCUAUCUUCACAAUCUCCAUAGAGCAAAGAAAGAAAAAUGACAAGAAUAGCAGCUUUCGCUCCAAGCUGCAUCUUGUAGACCUUGCUGGAUCUGAAAGGCAGAAGAAAACCAAAGCUGAAGGGGAUCGUCUAAAAGAGGGUAUUAAUAUUAACCGAGGCCUCCUAUGCUUGGGAAAUGUAAUCAGUGCUCUUGGAGAUGACAAAAAGGGUGGCUUUGUCCCCUACAGAGAUUCCAAGUUGACUCGACUGCUUCAAGAUUCUCUAGGAGGUAAUAGUCAUACUCUUAUGAUAGCCUGUGUGAGUCCUGCUGACUCCAAUCUAGAGGAAACACUAAAUACCCUUCGCUAUGCUGACAGAGCAAGAAAAAUCAAGAACAAACCUGUUAUUAAUAUUGAUCCCCAGACAGCUGAACUGAAUCAUCUAAAGCAACAGGUACAACAGCUACAGGUCAUGUUGCUACAAGCCCACGGAGGUACCCUGCCUGGAUCUAUAAAUGUGGAACCAUCAGAAAAUCUGCAAUCCCUGAUGGAGAAAAAUCAGUCCCUGGUAGAGGAAAAUGAAAAAUUAAGUCGUGGUCUGAGCGAGGCAGCUGGGCAGACAGCCCAAAUGUUGGAGAGGAUCAUUUUGACAGAGCAAGCGAAUGAGAAAAUGAACGCCAAGCUAGAAGAGCUCAGGCGGCAUGCGGCCUGCAAACUGGAUCUUCAAAAGCUAGUAGAGACUUUGGAAGACCAGGAAUUAAAAGAAAAUGUAGAGAUCAUUUGUAACCUGCAGCAAGUGAUUACCCAGAUAUCGGAUGAAACUGUUGCUUGCAUAACUACAACCAUUGAUACUGCAGUAGAACCAGAAGCUCAAGUAGAAAUGAGUCCAGAGACUAGCAGGUCUUCUGAUGCUUUCACCACUCAGCAUGCUUUACGUCAAGCUCAAAUGUCUAAGGAGCUAGUUGAGUUAAAUAAAGCCCUUGCACUGAAAGAGGCCCUGGCUAGGAAGAUGACUCAAAAUGACAGCCAACUACAGCCUAUUCAGUUCCAGUACCAGGAUAACAUAAAAAAUUUAGAAUUGGAAGUCAUCAAUUUACAAAAGGAAAAGGAAGAAUUGAUUCUUGAACUUCAAACAGCAAAAAAGGAUGUCAACCAAGCCAAGUUGAGCGAGCGCCGCCGCAAACAUCUCCAGGAACUGGAGAGUCAAAUAGCUGAUCUGAAGAAAAAACUGAAUGAACAGUCCAAACUUCUGAAACUGAAGGAAUCCACAGAGCAUACUGUAUCCAAACUGAACCAGGAGAUACAGAUGAUGAAAAACCAGCGGGUUCAGUUAAUGCGUCACAUGAAAGAAGAUGCUGAGAAGUUUACAAAGUGGAAACAACAAAAAGACAAAGAAGUAAUCCAGUUAAAAGAACGAGACCGUAAGAGGCAAUAUGAGCUGCUUAAACUUGAAAGAAACUUCCAGAAACAGUCCAAUGUGCUAAGACGUAAAACUGAGGAGGCAGCAGCUGCCAACAAACGCCUCAAGGAUGCUCUCCAAAAACAACAGGAGGUGGCAGAUAAACGGAAAGAGACUCAGAACCGUGGAAUGGAAGGCACUGCAGCUAGAGUAAAGAAUUGGCUUGGAAAUGAAAUUGAGGUUAUGGUUAGUACUGAGGAAGCCAAACGCCAUCUGAAUGACCUUCUUGAAGACAGAAAGAUCCUGGCUCAAGAUCUAGCUCAACUCAAAGAAAAAAGGGAGUCUGGGGAGAAUCCACCUCCUAAACUCCGGAGGCGCACAUUCUCACUUGCUGAGCUACAUGGUCAAGUUUCAGAGUCAGAGGAUUCUAUUACAAAGCAGAUUGAAAGCCUAGAAACUGAAAUGGAACUCAGGAGUGCUCAGAUCGCUGACCUGCAGCAGAAGCUACUGGAUGCAGAAAGUGAAGACAGGCCAAAACAACGCUGGGAAAAUAUUGCUACCAUUUUAGAAGCCAAGUGUGCCCUGAAAUAUUUAAUUGGAGAGCUGGUCUCUUCCAAAAUACAGGUCAGCAAGCUUGAAAGCAGCCUGAAACAGAGCAAGGCCAGCUGUGCUGACAUGCAGAAGAUGCUGUUUGAGGAACGACAUCAUUUUGCUGAGAUAGAAACAGAGUUACAAGCUGAUAUGGUCAGAAUUGAGCAACAGUGCCAGGAGAAGGUGCUGUACCUUCUCAACCAGCUGCAGCAAAGCCAGAUGGCAGAGAAGCAGCUAGAGGAGUCAGUCAGUGAAAAGGAACAGCAGCUUCUGAGCACACUGAAGUGUCAGGAUGAAGAACUUGAGAAGAUGCGAGGAGUGUGUGAGCAAAAUCAACAGCUUCUCCAAGAGAAUGAAAUCAUCAAGCAGAAGCUGACUCUUCUUCAAGUAGCCAGCAGACAGACACCUCAUCUUCCUAAGGAUACUCUUCUAUCUCCAGACUGUUCUUUUGAAUAUAUACCACCUAAGCCAAAACCUUCCCGUGUUAAAGAAAAGUUCCUGGAGCAAACCAUGGACAUCGAGGAUCUAAAAUAUUGCUCAGAACAUUCUGUAAUUGAGCAUGAUGAAUGUGAUGGUGAUGCUGAUGAUGGAGAUGAUGAGGAAUGGAAGCCAACAAAAUUGGUUAAGGUGUCCAGGAAAAACAGCCAAGGGUGUUCCUGCAAGGGCUGGUGUGGGAACAAGCAGUGUGGGUGCAGGAAGCAAAAGUCAGACUGUGGUGUGGACUGCAGCUGUGACCCCAACAAAUGUCGGAACCGCCAACCAGACAAGGAUAGCUUGGGCACUGUUGAACGGACCCAGGAUUCUGAAGGCUCCUUCAAACUAGAGGAUCCUACAGAGGUGACGCCAGGAUUGAGCUUCUUUAACCCUGUCUGUGCCACUCCCAAUAGCAAGAUCCUGAAAGAGAUGUGUGAUACAGAACAGGUGAUGUUAAAGAAGGCUCCGGCUCCCUCCUUUAGCCUCCUAGAGUCAAAACAUGUAGCUACAGAAUCCCAAGAAAAUAAGGCUCCAGGGAAGAAAAAGAAACGAGCUCUGGCCAGCAACACCAGCUUCUUCUCUGGCUGCUCCCCUAUUGAAGAAGAGGCCAACUAAAGUUGGAGUUUCCAUCUCUACCCCCAGUUUGGCUUGGAAGAUUCUUCAGGUUGAACCCAGGAGGGGUUUUAAAAUAAUUUAUCUGGAUUUUAGGUUUCUUGGAUUGAAAAAAUGAACAAAGAAUUACUGUGGCAAAGGGAACCUUUGUUGGAUGUUGGCCCUCACCCUCCAGGCCCCCAGCCCAGCUUCUGCUCUCUCUUCUCCAGAAACUGGCUAGAACAUCUACUGAAGAGAGAACCAACUGAGCUUCCUAAUGACUCAUUGGAAACCAUUCCCCCAGUAUGAUCUAGUUCAUUCUUUUUUGUGACCAGUUAUAGCUGUCUUCAGACUGAGGCCAAACUGUUCUUAUCUCUAGAUUGUAUUAGCUUGGAAUCCAGGCUCAAAUCCUUCACCCCACCUCAUGAAUGGGAUUAGGGGCACUCCUGCCAUGACCCUCUGGAUUUCCAGUGUUUGAACAGUACCCUUAAUUAAUUAUUU